AUGGAGCUCAGAUCAAUGUCAAGGCGACUACCACUUUACAUGCACGAUAAACAGAGAUUUAUUAACUCGCAGAAUGUCUCCACGACGAAAAAACAAAAUGGUCAAGGUAAAAUCAGAAUAAAAGAGGAGGGCAAUUCAUCAUCAGUGAUAGUUAAAGAUGUAUGUAUCUUUCCAAAAUGUAAAUGCUUUGUCUAUUCUGUCAGUGGAUUCUUGAUAAUCCUUUUGUGUGUUGUCUGGAUUAGCCUGGUGUUUCCUUAUCCUAUGCAUGCUUCUUGCAUUGUAAAAUGGAAAUUUGAAGAUCCAUGCAAAUAUGUUAUGCAAAAAUUUAGGUCUCAGAUACUUAAUUGGUCGUCCUACAUGAACUGUGGUCCACGUAGUAGCAAAUGUUUAUAUACGCUCAAGGAACCAAAACCAAAUGAAAGUACUAUAAUUAAAGCUAUUCAUUUCGCUCUAAAUAUGAAAACGAUGGAAACAAUAAAAAUUGAUUUUGAAGAAAUCAAUAAAACCUGCGUAGCAACGGGGGAAUCCGUAUCAAAGGAAUGGUUCAGGAUAUUCGAUUAUGGAAUAAAUUACUGUAAUCUACACAAUUUAGUAACUGAAAUUGGGUUUGAUAAAAGUUCAACGUUUUUAGAACUGACGACCAAUGCAAUUUGUACCCAAUACAACAUGGCUGUUUGUAAUUGA